CAUUCCCGAAGCGUCAAGAAGGGGUGUUUAGAGAACAAGCCAAAAUGUCAAAACCUGUGACGCUUCGUUUCAUUGCUUGAUUUUAUUGCGUGAGUUAAAAACGUGAGACACUCUCAGGAAACGCAGUUCGUUUCUAUCACGCGUGUAUCGUUUAAUACAACAACAAAAAAACAGUCUAAAUAGCCCCGCCCUACAAUGUCCCGUGAAGCCAUCGAAAAUCUCACGUUGGACCUGGAGGAGAUGAGAAAACUUGCUGGCAGCGCUCAACGAAGCCGGGUGCAACAGAUGUUGGCCAUCGACAUUCGCAAGUUGGAAACGGACAUUCAACGCCAGCGUGACCUGUUGGCGGCUCAGGCCAGCAGCGAACAAAGUAUUUCCCGACCGGUUCAGACCUCCGUGUCGGGCGAUGUCCGGCGGUAUCAGGUGGAGCUGAAGGAGUACGCUUGGGAUCAGAGUGACAAAUUUAUCAAAAUAUUCGUCACUGUUAACGGCGUCCAGCAGGUACCCGAGGAUAAUGUAAACGUCGAAUUUACCGAAAACUCCUUCCAGCUCGUUAUUAGCGACCUGAACAAUAAGGAUUACAUAUUUGUCGUGAAUAACCUGCUCAACCAGAUCGAUUCGGAAAAAAGCUACCGACGCGUGAAGUCGGACAUGGUGGCCAUCUACCUCGCCAAGCAGGCUCCAAAAAAAUGGGCACACUUGACGUUGACAGCUAAACGAUUGCAGGAUCUCAAGGACGAGCGGCUGUCGAAUGGCAAGAAAGCAUCGUCCGACGAUCCGUCCUCAGGUUUGAUGAACAUCAUGCAGCAAUUGUAUGAAUCUGGCGAUCCGGAAACGAAGCGCAUGAUUAACAAAGCAUGGCACGAAUCGCAAACGAAGCAGAAGACGCCAACACUCGAAUAAACGAUACAGGUGUUUCAAGGAGGCGAAAAUUAACAGAGGAUUUGGAAAUGGUUAAGGACUUUUGUUCGAAAAGAAACUUCGUUUCAUCUCGUUCAGAUAAUGGCCAACGAAAAAAUAUUUGUAAGCCAAGGCAUAAUAAAAUAACAUGAAAGCGUUCCAA